UUCACAUAUUACCAUUUUAUAUAAGAAUGAAUUUCAGUAAAAGUCACAAGAAACAAUAGAGCCACUGCGUGAUGAGACUUAAGAAAGUGACAGUAUGAUUUUCAACAUACAAAUCAAAAACAAAAAACUGGCAUUGCUUUAUCUCUCAAUAAUCCUUAUAAGAACACAUAUUUCUACUUUUAAUAGUUAAUUUCAAAAACCGUUUCAUUUGAUAUGAUUGAGAAUUCGUAAAUUCGUGAAUUCGUGAAUUCGUGAUUUCGUGAAAAUUGGCUCAAUUUGAAUGUUUUGCUGACAUCAAAAUGGAUGAUUUGGAAAUAAUGUGGGAUGAUGAUCCACCUAAAAGGAAUGUGUAUGGAGUUUUAAGUGCAAACAUGUCCAAUUUGAAUGAGAUUAUAGAAAAAUUUCCUACUGACCCAGCUUACAUUGGUGCCAUAAUUGGCCUAAACGGCUCCAACAUAAAAAGCAUUAAAACAAAGUUCAACGUCAAUGUACAUAUAAAUAGUGACAACCAUAUAGUAACUGUGAAAGGUCGUAAUAGAAAAAAUGUUGACGAUGCCGUUAAAUACAUUUUGGAAAUUAUAAAACACUCUGAUCAGAAAUAUAAAAAUAAAAAUAAAAAUAAAAAUGUUUCAUCUCAAAAUCACGAAGUUUCUCACAAUCCCAAAGUUGAAUUUAAAAAAAAAUCAUUCGUGCCUCGUUUUAGUGCUUCUUCCAGAAAUGACAAUAUUCAGGUUGCAACUCCGAAAUCUGGAGAAAAUGGCGAAAAUAGAUUAAGUCUACCUACAAAAAAUGUAUGUAUUGGUGGUACUGAAAAGAAGGAAGUAUUGCAGCCUAUCGAUUGGGAAUCUCUAAAUAGAAAAGUUGAAGAAUAUCGUAAGUUGCAGUGGGCGCAUCUUCCAAAGCUGAGAAAAAAUUUUUAUCAAGAAGUCAAGGAAAUCGCUGUUAUGACAGAGGAAGAAGUCAAUGAAAUGCGUUUAGUAAACAACAAUAUAAUUGUUUCACGUUUAAAAACAAGUGAAGAUCAAAUGUGUCUUGAUAUACCGAAACCAAUAUACAAAUUCGACCACUGUUUCAAAGAUUAUCCUGAUAUACUUGAUGAGUUGAAGAAACAAAACUUUACGGAACCAUCUCCUAUACAAAAGCAAGCAUGGCCUAUAUUAUUGAGAGGCGAGGAUAUGAUAGGUAUUGCCCAAACAGGAACUGGAAAAACUUUAGCAUUUCUGCUUCCUGCUUUGAUUCAUACUGAUGGACAGACUACACCACGUGCGAAACGCAAUGGUCCAAAUAUAUUAAUUUUAGCUCCAACACGCGAAUUAGCACAGCAAAUAGCAAAAGAAGUUAACAAGUACUCGUUCCGUGGAAUAAAAGCUGUAUGUAUUUAUGGUGGUGGCAGUCGUCGUGACCAGAUUAGAGAUUUCAGAGAAGGAGCUGAAUGCAUAAUUUGUACGCCUGGACGUCUUAAUGAUUUGGUUCAAGCUAAAGUUGUAGAUAUUACAUCGGUUACAUAUUUAAUAUUAGACGAAGCGGACCGUAUGCUGGAUAUGGGUUUCGAGCCACAGAUUCGAAAAGUUCUACUUGACAUACGCCCUGACAGGCAGACCGUCAUGACUAGUGCCACCUGGCCACCAUGUGUUAGUAGAUUGGCCGAAACCUAUAUGAACAAUCCUAUACAGGUAUGGGUUGGCUCACUUGAUUUAACUGCCACUCAUUCUGUGACUCAAAAUGUAGAACUCGUGGAUGAUGCGGACAAAUUUAAUACGGUCCUGACAUUUUUAAAAAACCUUAAAUCAAGCGAUAAAGUUAUUAUCUUCUGUUCUAAACGAGCUCGUGCUGACGACUUGUCUAGUGAUUUAUCUCUGAAAGGCCUGUUAACACAAUGUAUACAUGGUUCUCGUGAUCAGGCCGAUCGAGAACAAGCACUGGCUGAUCUAACCUCAGGUGACAUACAAAUUUUAAUAGCAACAGACGUUGCUUCAAGAGGUUUAGACAUUGAAGACAUCACUCAUGUUAUUAAUUUUGAUUUUCCGCGUAACAUUGAGGAGUAUGUUCAUCGUGUUGGUAGAACUGGACGCGCUGGGCGAACCGGCACUGCCAUAAGUUAUAUAACACGCUCGGAUUGGGCUAUUGCAAAGGAUCUCAUUCGUAUUUUGGAAGAAGCUGGCCAAGCAGUUCCAAAAGAACUAUACGGAAUGUCCAAUCGCUUUGACGAGAUGAAAAAAAGACGUGGUAAAGAUUUUAAAAUGGGUAGUCAUUUUAAUCCUUUUUUUAAACACAGUACACCGUAGUGGUACUCAUUUUUAAGAUUAACUUAGAAACAGUUAACUUAGUAACUUGACCACAACAUUGCAUUUUGUUUUUCACAUUACAUCUUAAAUAACCGCAAUGUUUGAUUCAAAUCGAUCAGUGUUUUACUUAAAUGAACGUUGAUCGCUAAAAAUUAAAAAUAAUUAAAAAACUGUUUCUAAUGUUAUUCGAAUAAUA